AUGCGUACAAGACACAACACACCAAACAUGCAAACUCUUCAGACCAUCCUCGCCGUUCUCCCCCUUUUCCUGCCCCUCGCAGCAUCCCAGUCCUCCGGGACGGGCGCGACGACGCGGUACUGGGACUGCUGCAAACCGUCGUGUGCGUGGCCGGGCAAGGCGCAACUUGCGCAAGGGCCCGUGGGAACCUGCGACCGCAACGACAACCGGCUCAACGACGGCGGCGCCACGCGCUCCGGCUGCGACGCGGGCGGGUCGGCGUACAUGUGCAGCGGGCACUCGCCGUGGGCCGUCAACGACGACCUCGCGUACGGCUGGGCCGCCGUGAGGAUCUCCGGGGGCACCGAGUCGCAGUGGUGCUGCGCGUGCUACGAGCUCACUUUCACCAGCGGGCCAGUGGCCGGAAAGAAGAUGGUGGUGCAGGCGACCAACACUGGUGGUGAUCUGGGACAGAACCACUUUGAUAUUGCUAUUCCCGGUGGCGGCGUGGGCCAGUUCAACGCCUGUACCGACCAGUACGGGGCGCCGCCCAACGGGUGGGGCCAGCGAUACGGCGGUGUCAGCUCUCGGUCCGAGUGCGACGGGUUCCCAGAGAAGCUCAAGGCCGGGUGCUACUGGCGGUUUGACUGGUUCAAGGGGGCCGACAACCCGGGCGUCACGUUCAAGCAGGUGACCUGCCCGGCGGAGAUCACGGCUAAGAGUGGAUGCAGACGGAACUAA